UUACCACGUCACGUUGACACCCCAGUGAGGAGGGUGGGGUUUUCUGCUCUCCAACAGGGCCAUCUCGCAACAUCCAUGCUUUUUUGCAGGUGGAGUGGUCGUGAUCUGCAGACGUGCAGUGCUCGGGCUCGGAUAUGGCGCGUCCGAGAAAGGGAAAAUGGCGCGUAAGCCCUAUAAAUUCAUCAGAUGGUAUAGACCAUACAUGUUCUGCUGUGAACGUGAGUUUGCUUGUAUUUCAUGUUGGAUGUGUAUAACAAUCUGGAUAUAUUCUGCGUAUGCGCGCCGAAUCAAGCUUACAUGGCAUUGCUUGACGGCUAUUUCUUCGGCUGUUGAUCCUGUAGAGGGCGACAAUGCACUCAUUGGUCAUAUUGCCGUUUUGCAGAUAGAUCGUGCAACUGAUCUUAAGCUCUCGCUAGGAGUCUACUCCUUGAUCAUGACCGGCGCUCUUGUCAGCAGCGCUUGAAUCAGACAAUGAUGAACCGAUGUGACGGUCAGCCAGAGGAUGAGACCGGACAACACGAGGACGGCAUGUUUUUGCCGAGCCAGGUAUGAGGAAGGUCAGCAACUGACGCCACAAGCGCUUCCAUACUC